AUGGAGAAACUAACCGAAGACGUUUUAAGCAACAUAUUCAUCCGAUUACCCGCGAAGCAGCUUGUUCAGAUGAGGUGUGUUUGUAAACCCUGGAGCGCUUUCUUAUCGGAAUCCUAUUUCAUCAAAUCCCAUCUCAAUCAUUCAAACAAAGAUAAUGAAAUUGUCCUGCUCUUUGACGUUGCAUUUGAUUACGGUAUUCUUUCAUACCAAGCUUUUCCAUGCGCAGCACAUGACCUCUCCAAAUCUCCUGUUAUCCAACUCAAUGAUCAUGUUAAGUUACCGUUUAAUUUCCCACAAUCCGCAUUGAAUAAGUACGGCGGCCAUGUUAUAGGUUCCGUUAAUGGCUUAAUAUGUUUUUAUAUUGGGCGUUAUUAUGAUGUUAAAGGAAUAUACAUAUGGAACCCUUCUUUAUCCGUUAUAAUGUGCUUGACCGAUGUACAUACUGGGGGUUAUAGAGAAUUAGGUUUUGGGUUCGGGUUUGAUCCCAAGACGGAUGAUUACAAAGUGGUUAAGCUUCCAGACGAUAAUCAUGAAUCUGGCCGCUGGAGGGAACCAGUUGAGGUGUACAGUAUGAAAAAAGGCUCUUGGGAAUUCAUUGUUGAUAAGUUUCCCAAAGGUGUUCACAGAUAUCCCAAAGAUGUAAGUAAAUGCUACAUCGAUAAUCAUGAUGGCCAUAUUCAUUGGCUGUGUUACUACUUUAAUAACAAGGUUGUCAGAAUCAUCAAAACAAUAGUAGCAUAUAAUUUGGGCGGAGAGUCCUUCCGUCACAUAUCUCUUCCAGAUUCCAUAGCCUACAACGAUCAAUAUCGUUGGCACAACGUAUUGAGCAUGUUGGGCGGAAAGCUCUGUGUGGUGUCAUGUGCUAGAGGUGAUGAUGGUAAGUUUGAAGUGUGGGUAAUGAACGAGUACGGCGUGGCUGAUUCUUGGGUGAAAAGCCACGUGUUGUCAAAAUUGAAUUUGGAAGCAGGUACAUGUAGAAGACCAUUUGGAUUCACACUAAAUAAUAAGUUUCUCUUUUACGAUCGUUCUAGGGGUUUAUUGGGCUGGUAUGAUCAAGACAUAGACAAGGUUACACACUUUCGGAGUGAUACUGCUGACCCAACACGAGUUGUUCAGUAUGUCGACUCUCUUGUUUGGUAUGCAGCACCUACCACUUAA